UACAAAGCGGCUUAGGGCUUUUAGAGCCGUAAUGGCCAACAAGCAGCGAACGUAAUUUAUACACUGUAUGUUUUCACAGGAAUCAGAGAGGGGGGAGAGCAAAGAAAAGGUCGUCUGUGAACGAGGGGAGGUGUUAUUUCUCCCUGCGUGUUCUCUCAUUUGAAGUUGUGCAAGAGUUUGUAUUUUUUCUCUCAGUACUGCCUUUUCUGAACUUGUGUCUCUCUGUAGAGCAGCGAGGGAUUUAUGUUGUGGGAACUGCUGCAGGAAGGAAAGUGCAGCUGGGAAUUUCUGCCCGGAGCAAAACAGGCUACAGGUCUGUGGCGAAAAAGCCACGAAAGAGAAAGAGCGGAGAGAAGAUGGCAGAAGAGCAAAGAAGAUGAAAGUUUUGAAGCAGGGAUCAGAUGAAAGCAUGGGAUAGAAGGAGGAGGAGAGGAGAUUUGUCGCGAUGAAGGAAGCGUGAAAGUGGACUUAAUGUGGAUGAGACUGGAAGAUGACAAGGGGACGGGAAUCUUGUCUCCACGCCUUCUUGUGCUGUCAAGGCAAGUCACACACACUCUUACACCUUUGAAUCUACACAUGCCCACUCACAUGCCAGAAAAUCGGGUCAGCCUGACACACAAACACACACUUGAAUGAAAACUGGACUUGGACCCGCACACACACAUUGCAUCAGAUACGCCAGCUGGACUUGGUUUCAUUCAGAUCGGCUGUGACAAGAAGAAGUGCAGUCUCCACCUCUUCCUGCUGCCAAGGGCUUCGGAGUGUGUGUUUAAUACACCCUCAUUGCACUCUUAAUCUACUAACCUGUCAUUGGCUGUUUGUGUACACACCUGCACAUACACACCCACAGAAGACUCACUGACACAUGCGCUCCCUCUCUUCUCUCACACACACUCUCAGAGCAGCAGGUCGCUGGAAACAGACGAACUGUCAGCUGCAAACGCACACUCAGUUGCUGCCAAGGGAGGAGGAGGAGGAGGAGGGAGGAGGAAAAGUGAAGCUGGAAGCAACAGACAGAAACACACAGAUAGAAAAGAGACAGAGUUGGACCAACCUCUGAGUGUUUCUCUCUGCCUGGCUGACUGUGUGGGAGAUUACAAGUGAUGCCUCGCGCUCUGAGGAGCAACACAUAAUCCGGACUUUUCUUAGCUUCCUAUAUAUUUUAAACUCUCUGCUUCAAUGAUGAGGAGGGACCGUCUCCUCUUAGCCGCGACCCUCACUGCCAUCUUCUCCGCUGACCUUUACUUUGUCCUCCUGCCAAAGCUGCGGAGCGUGGGUCUGGGGUCCGGAGACUUUUGCCCAUGCGGUUCGGACAACUUCACCCUUCCCAGGCACGGAGGUCUCGCCACCCCACAGCUCUCUAACUGGACUCUGUAUGAAACCACAUUCGAACCCGCUGAUGAUGGGGGGUCGAAACUUGAGAGGCUCUUCUCCCACCCUCUGUACAACAUCGAGACCCCGGUGCUGGGUUCGGAGGAGAGGCUGCUGCAGGCGGAGCAGCUGAUGGAGUACUACAGGAGGAAGGUGGCACACUGGGAAAGACAUAUGCAUCUCUACAGCGAGUCAGUGGCUUUGUCAAACAUCACAGUGACUGAACAUGAAGUGACCUUUGACCCUGAAGCCAGCUGGCUGAAGUUCCACUCAGGAAUAAGCAGCUACGCUCUGUACUCCCGCAACGACCCCGCUAUCCCCAAACUGCUCAAAGACAUGCAGAGGAUGUCGGUCAUUAGCGCAGAUUACACUCAAGAUGAGAAGGCCCUAAAAGGAGCGUGUGAUUGUACCCAAGUUGUGAAGCCCAGCGGACAUCACCUGAAACUGGCUCUGAAGAUGCAAAACUUUGGAAAAGCCAUGUUCAAACCAAUGAGGCAGCAGAGGGACGAGGAGACUCCAGAAGACUUCUUCUACUUUGUUGAUCUCCAGAGACACAACGCAGAGAUCGCUGCCUUUCACCUGGACAGGAUCCUGGACUUCCGGAGGGUCCCGCCGGUGGCUGGCAGGCUGGUGAACGUCUCAGGAGAAGUUCGGCUAGUUACUCACAACGAAGACCUGCGAGCUGUGUUCUUCACUUCACCUGCCAACAACACGUGUUUCUUUGCCAAGUGCCUGUACGUGUGUAAGACAGAGUAUGCAGUGUGUGGAGGACCAGACCUGCUGGAGGGGUCCCUGUCGGCGUACCUGCCCGGCCUCAGCAUCGCGCCCCGCAUCUCCAUCCCCAACCCCUGGACUCGCUCCUACACCUUCAGCGGGCGAGAAGAGUGGGAAGUGAAUCCUUUCUACUGUGACACAGUGAAACAACAGUAUCCAUAUAACUCAGGAAACAGGCUCCUCAACAUCAUCGACAUGUCCAUCUUCGACUUCCUCACAAGCAACAUGGACAGACACCAUUAUGAGAUUUUUACUAAAUUUGGGGACGAUGGGUUCCUUCUCCACUUGGACAAUGCACGAGGGUUUGGGAAACACUCUCAAGAUGAGAUGUCCAUCUUGGCUCCACUAUCCCAGUGCUGCAUGAUAAAGCGCUCCACUCUGGUGCGUCUGCAGCUCCUGGCCCGACCAGAGUUCAGACUGAGCGAUGUGAUGAGGGAGUCUCUGAAGGGAGACUCUCUACAGCCCGUCCUAAUGGAGCCCCACCUCUUAGCGCUGGACCGCCGGCUACAGAAGGUCCUCCGAGCGGUGCAGCGCUGCGUCAGGAGGCUGGGCGAGGAGGACGUGAUCACCAAGGACUUUGUCAAAUCCACAGCGACACCUCAGAUGAACACAGAGAUGAAGAAGGACAGGUAGCACAGGACGAAAUGAUCCUCUUCAUAGCUGUUUCUGUGCAGAAGACUUCAUGAUGAAGCGAAGUACGCAAAACAAGGCUCAGAUGGUUUCGAUUUAAGGAACAAGCCAUAAAUGGAAGACGGGUUAAAAUCUUCUGAGCUUGUCAGAGAAGGAUCUCGUUGAGGAGGUUCAGACCGUGAAUCACUGCAGGCCUCAAAUUCCUAUCACAGAGGGAGUUGUGCAUUUUAUUUCCUUUUGUAUAAUGGUCAUAAAUUCCCCCAAGGGUGCAUUUUAUGACUCACUUUUUGUUAUCAGGUACAUCAAGAUUGAAAUCCUGAUGGCUAUGGGAUCAAGCAUGGCGGUUUUAAAAGGGUUUCAAUGAAGAUAUGUUUAGCCCUUAAGCCUUUGAGUGUCUGUAUUUUGACUACACCGUUUAUUUAACACUUAUUAUAAGAGCUUAGGUUGAGCUUUAGGAAGAAAAAACUUGCACCCUUACCAAAAUGUAUGCCAAAUGCAUUGAACAUAUAAUAUUAAAAAGCCCAAAAGUGCACCCUUAAAAACCAAUGUUAGAAACCAAAAAGAAGCAUCAGGGAAUGGAGUUUAUUUAUUAAAUAAAUUAAGCUAUAGUAUGAGAGUUCUACCACGCAUCAAAUUCAGCAGUGGAGCUACUAUUAAUAAAAGAGAGCUACGAUGCACUGGAUCAGUUGUUUGCCAAAUUAAUGCUGGUGAAUAUGUUGGUAUAGAGAGAAAUGUGUGGGUGUCUUUGUGUUGUUCUAAUUUGAAAAUAAAGUUAUUUUGAAGAGAAAUUAUCA